AUCAAAACUUGUAAACAAAAUACACGACUUUUUAAACAAGUUUCAACAUGAUGAGAAAACUUUGUUAUUUUGCCAUAAAAUUGACUAUGUAUGUUACCGUUUAAAUAUGAGCGCUUUAGAUAAUAGCAGUCGUAUAAAUCCCGAAUUUUCUGUUAGAAUAGUGGUAUGUGAUCACUAUUUAAGCAAACCAAUUCCUGGAAUAGAUGUCAUUUAUUCAGAUUUCCGAGGAGCUGAUAUUAAACAGGUGCCAGUUUUAAGGAUAUUUGGCCCAACACCGGAUGGGCAUAAAGCAUGUCUUCACAUUCAUGGAGUGUUUCCAUACUUCUACAUACCAUGUCCAACACCAAAUCCACAGCCACAAUUUUUAUAUCAGAUUGCAGCUAGUCUGGACAAAGCAUUAAAUAUUGCACUGAAACAAGCAACUUCUACCAAUCAGCAUGUCUAUAAGAUAUCUCUAGUUAAAGGCCUGCCCUUCUAUGGAUACCAUGAUAGAGAACAUCUAUACCUAAAAGUAUUCUUAUAUAGCCCGGGCUUAAUCAAACAAGCUGUAGAACUCUGCAGUAAUGGAGCCAUUCUGGGUCAGUCAUUUCAACCUCAUGAAUCUCAUUUGAAUUUCACCCUGCAGUUCUUCAUAGACUUCAACCUCUUUGGAAUGAGCAAUAUAGACCUACAAUGUGUUAAAUUCCGUAAGGCAGGAAUAUCUCAGAAUACUGAUGAAGUCCAAAACUCUAAUGAUGUUGGCCUUAAACCUGAAAGUUCUUGCCACUUUGAAGCAGAUUGCGCAGCCUCACACAUUAUUAACAGGCAAAGAAUUGGAAAAGGAGAUGGCAUUGAGAAUCCAGGCUUAGAAGAAGUUUGGAACCAAGAGUCAGAAAGAAGAAAACAGUUAAACAUCUCUCUAGCCUCAAAGUCACUGUCUCAAGGCAGAAUAAAAGCAGAAGAGACAGAUUCACAUUAUAAAUUCGAACAAAUGUUUUUAUUGAAAAUGUCUAAUUUGAUAGACAAACCUGUGCUAAUAGAAAACGAAGUUAAAAAAGAGUUAGCACAAUAUCCAGCUGAAAGUAUGGAAGGCACACAGUUGUUUAAUGCUGUAGAUGUGAGUGUUCAUCUACCUAAUGAAUCAGUGGCUGCUGGGUUUAAUCAAACAUUGAGAGAUUUCAAUGACACUGAAGAAGAUUUAGACAAUACACUGGUGGAUGAAAGUCUGGCUCUGAACAGUAGCUUGUCUCUGCACUAUAGUCAAGUUUUUUUAAAUAAUGAAGAUUUGGAACUAGUAGACUUAUUACAAGAUAUGGAUGAGAAGCCUGUAGAAGAAGAUAGUGUGAUGGGGACACCAGCUAAUGUUGAACAGGAUGCUGAUGUUGAUACAGAUGAUGCUGAAUAUUCGCGGAUAUUUGAUGAAGAAACUCUAAUUUUAAAUGAAGAAGAAUGUAAAAACGAUGAAGAUGAAAGCUCUCCUUCAUGGAAUGAUUCGUUUUGGGAAGGCGCAAAUAUUCCACAACUAGAUGGAACGUGUGACGAUGAACAUACAAAGAAAGUAAGGAAAAGAAAAAUGAGACCAUUUAAAUUAGGCUUGUCAAGGCCUAAAGCCAGAAGGAAAGAUGAAAGUGAAUCAGAUAGUAGAUCAGAAUCUAAUGUAGAUAUAAGUCAGAUGGAUGAAAUUAAUGUUUCAAGAGAAACUAUAGAAGAUAUCUCUGAUGCACAUCUGAGAAGAGUUGUAAAAACUGAACAAGAAAGUAUUUUGAACAAUUCUAUAAAUAUUAAUGAAGGUGAUGUAGCCCAAUGCAAAGUAGAAAAUGAAUCAAUCGUAGAUUUAGUAAAUAAAAUAACAGUAAAUCAAAAACCUUUGCAGCCAGCUCCAGCAGAAGUUUAUGAUAGAGAAAACAAUUAUGAGCCAAAAGCGGGACCUUCAAAUAUUAACGUUAAUAAGUCCUUUAAUGUAACUUUCAACAGCGACAACGAAAUAGAUUCUUCACCUGAACCUAAUAAACUAGGAAUAAGGAGUUUCUAUGAUGUGUCUAAAAUAUUUAAUUUAUCUGUAGAAAGUGAUGAUACUGAAGUAAAUAAAUCUCAAUUGAUAUCAAUGGUAGACAACAAAGAUGAUUAUUCUGAAAGUCAUAAUUGGAAUGUACAAAUUAAAAAUAAUGAAUUACAAGAAGAAAAACUGAACAUCAAAAUAGAGCCUAAUGUUACUGUACUUAAAACUGAAAAAUCAAUAAUACUAACACCUAAAAUAAAACCGCCAACAAAAAGAUAUGUCUGCUCAAGUUUAUAUCAUUAUAAAAUACCAAAAGUAAAAAACCCAGAACCAUAUUACUCAGACCACAAAGAUGUAGGUGACAAAGUAGAAAUAGGGCAAAUGUUGUUAAAAGUGAAUAGUAAACUAUCAAGGGAUCAAAAGCCUUUUGAGAAAGUGUUGGAUAUGACGAGCAUAGAAGAAUGGCGACAUCUACUGUUCCUACAAACACAUGAGAUGUCCCAAGAAUCGUCGAAGCCUGACGCUUUAAAAAUUCUACUGGCAGGGAAUAGGAAAUGCAUUUUAGAGCCUGUCAAGAGACCACCUACUGGCAAUGAAGUUAAACAAUGGUUGUUAAAUAAAGAUAGUGAAGCGAAAGAAGAAAACAGAAGUAUUAUUGAUGAAGAUGUUACUAAUAAAAAUAUUGAUGAAUUAGAAAAUUCACAAGCUCUUGGUCUGAAUGAACUUGAUAACACCUUAAGUUUGGAAACUGAUGAAAAGGAGAAACCUAACUUGAACAACAGCCUUCAAGUAACGAUGCAACCUGACGGAUCUUUUCUUUGCUUUGGGAGUAAUGAUAUUAGGGCUGAUAGCAGCUCUAUUGAAGCCCCUACAGUUGACGUAAAUUUUCUAACCGUCAUGGUAGCCGAAGUUCACACAUCAGUUCGUGGAGACUUGAACCCCGAUCCCGCUAUAGACCCUAUAGAGAUUUUAUUCGUAACAGUAACUAAUGAUUGCCCGCCUGAACAUCGGCUACAGAAAAGUGUAACAAAAAUUAUAGUUGUCGAAAAAAGCACACAAGUAAGAUAUUUAGAUAGAUGCAUUUUUAACGUAGAUGUCACAUACGUCGACAAUGAGAGUGUCCUUUUAGAAAAAGUUCUAGAACUGGUAAUGAUACACGAUCCCGACAUAAUGUGCGGGUAUGAAAUAGAAAUGAGUUCUUGGGGAUACAUCUUAGAGAGGGCACAAGUUUUAGGACUUGAAAUCGUGAAAGAAGUUUCAAGAAUAACAGAGAAGUACCGCCAAAAACGCUGGAGAGGCGAAGAAAACGAUUUCGAAGGGAGAAUUAUUGGGCGCAUAAUGUUGAAUGUGUGGCGUUUGUUCCGACAUGAGAUAGCAUUAUCAAGCUACAGCUUUGAGAAUUGUAUGUAUGAGGUGUUGAAGGAGCGAGUGCCCACAUACAGCUAUGCUCAACUGGGGAGGUGGUGGCGCGAUGAGACCCGGCUAUUGAGGUGGAUUCCCGUAGAACAUUACUUGACCAGGUUGUCGGGAACUGUGAGGAUGUUGGAGAAACUUGAUAUUAUAAAUCGCACAUCAGAACUAGCCCGUCUAUUUGGGCUCCAGUGGUGGGAGGUGCUGUCCCGAGGCUCUCAAUUCCGUGUCGAGUCCCUCAUGUUGCGAGCUGCGAGGCCUUUAAACUUGGUGGCUCUAUCACCCACUGUGAAGCAACGCGCUGCCAUGAGGGCCCCCGAAUGUCUUCCACUUAUAUUUGAACCAGAAUCUCGCUUCUACACGGACCCCGUCAUAGUACUGGACUUUCAAAGUCUGUAUCCGUCAAUGAUGAUCGCCUACAACUACUGUUUUUCAACGUGUAUUGGACGAGUUCAAAAUAUUAACGGAGAAUCAGAUUACGAAUUUGGCGCAUGGCGUUUGAAAAUACCUAAAGCUAAAUUAGAAGCAUUGGUCAAAAAAGGUUUAGUUCACUGGUCGCCUGUCGGCGUUGGCUUCGUAAAGUCGUCGGUACGCCGCGGUGUCCUCCCUGCGUUGCUGAGAAGAAUCUUAGCGGCUCGACAAGCAGUCAAGAAGAAUAUGAAAGCGCAGACUGAUGAAGCUGUGAAAAAAGCUAUGCAUUCCAGACAACUAGGCUUAAAAUUAAUAGCAAAUGUAACGUACGGGUAUACAGCAGCAAACUUCAGUGGUCGUAUGCCGUGCGUGGAGGUCGGUGACAGUGUGGUCUCUAAAGGACGCGAGACGUUGGAGCGAGCCAUAAAGAUGGUACGAGAUAGCACGCAGUGGAACGCCAAGGUGAUUUACGGCGAUACAGAUUCAAUGUUCGUGUUAGUGCCUGGUGGGACACGCGCUGAAGCAUUUGAGAUUGGCCAACAGAUUGCUGACGCCGUUACAGCAGACAACCCUUCACCGGUUGCACUCAAACUUGAGAAGGUGUACCAACCAUGUAUUCUGCAAACUAAGAAGCGGUACGUUGGCUACAUGUACGAGACUCCUGACCAGGAGAAGCCAGUGUACGAAGCUAAAGGAAUUGAGACCGUCAGGAGGGACGGAUGUCCAGCUGGAGUCAAACUUCUCCAGCGAGCCCUGUGUGAGUUGUUCGAAACUGGUGAUAUGUCACGAGUGAAGCGAUCGGUAAUGGCGACAUUAUCACGACUCGCAGACGGGUCCUUGCCACCACAGGAACUGUUCUUCACGCGAGAAUACCACGGGCCUGCUGGAUAUAGACCUGGUGCUUCUGCGCCACCUAAUGAGAUUGCCAAACGUUUAGUGUCACACGACCGUCGCUCGGCGCCCCGCACGGGGUGGCGCGUGGCGUGGCAGGUGACGGCGGGGGCGCCGGGCGCCGCGCUGGUCCGCCUGGCGCGCACGCCGGCCGAGCUCACUCGGGACCCCACGCUACAGCCUCACAAGGCCUAUUACGCGGCCAGAGUCCUACUGCCACCACUACAUCGCUGCCUCUCUCUACUUGGAGUAGACGUCUUCAAAUGGUGGAGUGAAAUCGGAUAUACUCGGGAAGUGCAGCAGAACGAGCCAAGUCGUGCGGGCGGUAUAGCGCGCUACAUGUGGCGGGCGCGGUGCGCGGUGUGCGCGGGGCGCGGGGCGCGCGCGGCCGUGUGCGAGUCGUGCGCCGCGCCCCGCGCCGAGCGCGCCGCCGCCGUGUGCGAGGAGUGCGCCGCGCCCCGCGCCGCGCCGCGCGCCGCCGCCGCGCUCGGACUGCGGCUCGCGCGGGCCACGCACCACCUACAUUCUUGCCAAGCUAUUUGCGCUUCGUGUAGCGGUCAUAGUCAGUCUUUAGAAUGCGAAAACACCGAGUGUCCAGUAUUAUGGCGACGUAUAGCGGCUCAACACAAACUCACACAAAUACAAGAUAUUGUCACACAUUUACCGCCUAUUUUCACUAAAGAGAGCUUCGAUUUUUAAAAUGAUAAAAUAUUUAAUGAAAUUAGUGAUAUAAUCCGUCUGUAUAUUU